AUGACAGGGAUGGGGAUCCCCGCGGAGAUUUUUGACGGGGGGUAGAUUUUGCCCCCCAUCCCAUUCCCCGCGGGGAACGGGGAUCCCCGUUCCCCACUAAUUAUAUCUAAAUAUACAUUUUUUUAGACCAAACAUAAUCAAAAUCACAGCAAACACAGCAAAUCAACUUUGACUUUGAGCAGCAGCAACAUGGCGCAGCAGUGGCGCAGCCGUGGUGCAACGUGGCGCAGCAGUGGCGCACUCUUGGUGCAACCGUGGUGGGGCAGUGGCGCAGCCGUGGCAGAGCAGUGGCACAGCAGCAGCAGCAGUGCCGCAGACGGAUUUGGUUUGGCAGUAGCAGUCCAGACUCCAGUUCUAGGCAGAAGGGUGAGAUGUGGAAUAGAGAAGGAUAAAAGGGCGGCAAUGAAGGGAUUGAGGGAUUUAGGGUUUGAGAUUUGUAGGGAGGGCCAAAAGGGAAGGUGAAAGAUGACUUAAGUGAGUGUGUGUGUGUGAGAGAGAGUUGAAGGGUGAGAGGCAGGGGCAAUCACAUGCAGAAAUGGAGAAACAAAUAAGGUUGCCUAGG